AUGGACGGCGAGAGCCAAGCACAGCGGGAGCAGCGACUUCAGCAGCUAUGGCGCAGGCUCGACGUGCGCCGUACCGGCAGCUUGGACUAUGCCGACUUGAAGCAAGGACUAGAGAAGAUGCAGCACCCCCUUAAGGAUGCCGACGCCCUCAUCAAAGACAUGCUACGCGCGUGUGACAUCGACCACGACGGCCGUAUCAGCUACAAAGAGUUCUGCCGCUUCUGUACGCAGACGGAAAAGGAACUAUGGCAGUUGUUCCAAGCCAUCGACCGUGACUCUAGUGGAAAACUGGAGAAGAAGGAGCUUUCUGCUGCCUUUGAAAGAGCUGGCGUGGCUGUAUCCAACGCACGAUUAGAACGUUUCUUCAACUACAUCGACAAGGACCACGAUGGCACCAUCGACUUCAGCGAAUGGCGGGAUUUCCUGCUCUUCAUUCCUACCAACGCACCCGGCCUCAAGGCCAUUUUCUCCUAUUACCAAUCUACCUCGAAGAUUUCCGCCGAAGGCGAUGUUCAUAUGAGCGACGAGGCUCUACAAGGGUUAGGUACGGUUCUCGCUUUUCUAAAAAAUGCGCUGUUCGGCGCAGUUACCCAGCUUGUUGAACCGGCCAAACGACCUUUGGUGGACCACCACGAUACGACCAGCCAGGCCACGCCUAUAUCCAUGUGGGAAGGCAGUGAGAGUCGGCCACAGCUACACUUUCCCGGUGUUGACGACGACAACACCACCGACGACGACCCCUACAUGCCGCUUAAGCCAGCCCGUCGGAAAGAAGACAACGCGAAAGCUCCGGAUGUGACGUCCGAUGGACAGCAAUCGCAGGAUGAAGGCAAGAAGAACGUCAAGCUGAUAGACUUCGUGCCCCAUGUAGGCUACUUUGCGGCCGGAGGUCUCAGCGGUAUUACCUCUAGAACCCUGACCGCGCCACUCGACAGGCUCAAAGUGUACCUGAUCGCGCAGACGGGCAAUGCAGACGAUGCCGUACGGCUUGCCAAGAAGGGUCGACCUCUCGCUGCGACCAAGCAUGGUGCUAGGACGCUGAUGUUGGCAUGGAAUGAGUUGUGGRCCGCGGGCGGCAUUCGUAGUCUGUUUGCUGGAAAUGGCCUCAACGUUAUAAAAGUCAUGCCGGAAUCAUCCGUCAAAUUUGGCGCGUACGAGGCCUCCAAACGUGCAAUCGCUGGUUUAGAGGGCCACAACGACCCGAAACGUAUCAAGCCUACAUCCAUGUUCGUAGCCGGUGGCAUGGCUGGAAUGGUAGCACAAGCGGCCGUCUAUCCGCUUGAUACGCUCAAGUUCCAGAUGCAGUGCUCGACCAUCGCAGGCGGUGAGACGGGCAAUCGUCUCAUCAUGUCCACGGCUGGAAAGAUGUGGCGAAAUGGCGGCAUUCAGGCCUUCUACCGCGKUCUCCCUAUGGGCUUGAUAGGAAUGUUUCCCUACGCGGCCAUUGACCUGAGCGUGUUUGAGACGCUGAAGAAGAAGAUGGUGGCGAGAAGCCGACGAUUGGAUCCCACGAUAAAGCAUGACGAGGAUGCUCUCCCGGGUAACUUCUAUCUCGCGCUGAUGGGUGGCUUCAGUGGGGCUAUUGGUGCGAGUGCGGUUUACCCCAUCAAUCUGCUGCGUACUAGGCUGCAGAGUCAGGGUACACCAGGCCAUCCACGAACCUACACCGGCAUUAUGGAUGUCACGCGACAGACACUGAAAGGAGAGGGAGUAAGGGGUUUGUUCAAGGGUCUGACUCCGAAUCUGUUCAAAGUCGUUCCGUCGGUGUCAAUCACUUAUGUUGUUUAUGAGAACACGAAGAAGGCGUUGCAUCUGCAGUGA